ACCAUCUAUCCUUGUGUUGCUGCAGCAAUGGCUAAAAGAAGCAAUGCUAGUGCAUUCAAAUUUACUAUCACUCUCAUUUCUAAUACUUGCUAUAUUUAUUUUACUUCAUAGAGUUUUUUCAUUACCAAAAACACUCACUACUUAUAAACUACCACCUUCUCCACCGAGGAUUCCGAUUAUCGGUAACCUUCACCAGUUAGGAACAUUAGCUCAUCGAUCAUUCAGAGAUCUUUCUCAAAAAUAUGGCCCAUGGAUGUUAUUACACUUAGGUCAAUCGCCAACUCUCAUAGUUUCAUCCGCAGAAAUGGCUACAGAAAUAAUGAAAAACCAAGAUCCUGCCUUUGCAAGUAGACCUACUAUUUAUGCUGCGAAGUCGUUAUUUAUGGAUGUACUGAUGUUAGUUUUGCACCUUAUGGUGAAUACUGGAGGCAAGUGAAAAAGAUUUGCGUUAUAGAGCUAUUAUCUGCAAAGAGGGUUCAUUGUUUUAAGAAUUUGAGAGAAAAAGAAAUCGAUGAUGUAAUCCAGAAGAUAUCGAGUUCAUGUUUAUCAAGGGAAGAGGUAGAAGUAGUAAUUAAUCUUAGUACCGUACUGCUAACUCUAACAAACAACAUAAUUUCUAGGUGUGAUCUUGGUGCUAAGUAUGAAAGCGUUCAUGGUGCUAACUCUAACAAACUAAUUUGGUCAACUGUCAAGAAAUUUAUUGAGCUUGGUCGGAGCUUUUAGUUUUAGCGACUUCUUUCCAUCUAUUGGUUGGAUGGAUGUUGUUACCGGAUUAUCUAGUAAGGUUAAGAAGGUAUCCCAAGAAGUCGAUGCUUCUUUGACAAAGUCAUCAACGAGCAUCUCCUUCGUCAUUCCGAUUCACAAGAUGGUCAUGGCCAAGUAGAAGAUACCGAUAAGCUAGACUUGGCGUAUAUUCUACUCCUUACUUAGAAGGACAAUCCAAAUAUCUCUUGCAAUAACAUCAAAGAAAUAAUCCUGGAUAUGUUUCUUGGUGGAACUGAUACAGUAGCAACAACCAUAGAAUGGGCAAUGGCAGAGCUCAUAAAGAAUUCGAAAGUGAUGCAAAAAGCUCAAGAUGAGGUGAGACGAAUAGUAGGAAACAAGUGUAAGGUAGAUGAGGAUGACAUUAAUCGAAUGUAUUAUCUGAAAUGUAUUGUUAACGAGAGUUUACGACUACAUCCACCUGUCGUUUUUCUUUUAAGAGAAUCUUCAAAGAGUACCCGAAUAGCAGGUUACGAUAUCCCUUCCCGCACAAAAGUUUACAUCAAUGUGUGGGAAAUUCAAAGGGAUGCUAGACUUUGGGAAGAUCCGGAUGAGUUUCACCCUGAGAGAUUUAUCAACAACCCGAUUGAUAUGAAGGGUCAGGAAUUUGAACUCAUUCCAUUUGGUUCAGGAAGAAGAGGGUGUCCAGGAAUUACAUUCGGCAUCGCAGUUGUGGAGUACAGUCUUGCGAAUUUCUUGUACUACUUCAAUUGGGAACUCCCAACUGGUGAUGAAAGAGAGGACCUUGACAUGACUGAAACUUUUGGUAUUACGGUCAAUAAAAAAAAAUCCCUCUUAACGUUGUUCCAACAUUGUACUCAUCACCUCAGCUUGACGAUGGGGCAAAUUAAAAGUCUCGUAUAAAGACAAUAUGUCCUAUGGUUGACCAUUUGUG